GUAGGUCAUUGUUUACAUGCAGGGCUUUCUUCAAAGAAAAAAAGAAACAAUUCUCUGUUGCAUCAUCAUUUCCCCUUCAAAAUGUGGUGUUAAUAAAAAUGUGCAUGCAAGUUUAGUAUGCAGUGUACAAACGGUGUUUCUGUUUUGAAAGUAUAAGCAACAUCUAACUGUGGAGUUCUGGGGAGACCCUUGUAGUGUUAAAAAAUAGCUGACAGAGCUCAUUUGAUUAUAGUCAAAAAGCCUCUCUGGACUAAUACAACUGAUGAAAUACAUUGUAACUAAUUGUGGUUGCGCAGUUUCUCACAGUUCCUGCUGUGUUUGUUAGACUGUUGAGGGAGUGACAUUGCAUAAAAUGUUCCACUUGACACAUAAAUCCUCACAUAUUAUGUAUAAGUGGCCUAGACAUGACCUAAUUUCUUGACUUGAACUGAGAGGCAUACUGUAUGUCUCAGGACAGACAGUCUCGUUUAAAUAGCACAGCUGUCCCUCAUGAACUGUCCAUCUUUGCAACAGGGGUUAUGCAGUGUGGAAUAGGACACCGGCCAGGUGGCUGCCAGAGGACGAUGGGCCUGCACUGCGUCUUGAUCCUGUGCUUGUUCUCAGGCUGGGCAGUGGGCUACAAGCAGGGGGAGAACGUGACUCUCUAUGUCAACAAAGUGGGCCCUUAUCAUAACCCCCAGGAGACAUAUCACUACUACACCCUGCCUGUUUGCAGGCCGGAGAAGGUGCAUCACAAGUCCCUGAGUCUAGGAGAAGUGUUGGAUGGUGACAGGAUGGCAGAGUCCUUAUAUGACAUCCGAUUCAGAGAGAACGUGGAGAAAAAAACACUUUGCAAGCUCACUCUUUCAGAGAAACAGGUGGACGAACUUCGUGAGGCUAUCGAGGAGCUGUUCUACUUUGAGUUUGUCCUGGAUGACAUUCCAAUCUGGGGUUUUGUGGGAUACAUAGAGGAGAGCGGCUUCCUGCCUCACAGUCACAAGGUGGGUUUGUGGACUCACCUAGACUUCAACAUCGAGUACAACGGCGACUCCGUGAUCUUCGCUAACGUCUCAGUAAAAGACGUCAAACCUGUUCCCCUGGAGGAGGGGGCGGGUGCAGCGGUGGGCGUAGUCGGAGUGGGCGGAGGCAGCCUGACGGUCACCCACACCUACAGCGUGCACUGGUUCGAGUCCCCCCUGCCUCACUCCCGGAGAUCCGAGCGCCUACGAGACUACUCGUUCUUCCCCAAAACACUGGAGAUCCACUGGCUCUCCAUCAUUAACUCGCUGGUGCUGGUGGUGCUGCUGCUGGGCUUCGUCAUCAUCAUCCUUAUGCGGGUCCUUAAAAAUGACUUUGCCAGAUACAAUGUGGAGGAGGAGGGCGGCUGUGAUGAUCUGGACCAGGGAGACAAUGGCUGGAAGAUCAUACACACUGAUGUCUUCAGGUUUCCCCCUUACAAAAGCCUGCUGUGUGCCGUACUGGGAGUGGGGGCUCAGUUCCUUACUCUUGCCACAGGAAUCAUCUUUAUGGCGUUGCUGGGAAUGUUCAAUGUGCACCGCCAUGGUGCCAUCAACUCUGCAGCUAUCGUGCUGUACGCUCUGACCAGCUGUGUGUCAGGCUACGUGUCAUGCAGCUUCUACACACAGAUCAACGGCCAGCGCUGGGUGUGGAACAUCAUCCUCACCUCGUCGCUCUUCUCCGCUCCUCUGUUCCUGACAUGGAGUGUUGUAAACUCGAUCCACUGGUGGAGCGGCUCCACUCAGGCUCUGCCGGCCACCACUGUGCUCCUCAUUCUGGGUGCCUGGGUGCUGGUGGGCUUUCCACUCACUGUCAUCGGCGGCAUUGUGGGAAAGAACCGAGCCGGCAGCUUCCAGGCGCCAUGCCGCACUCGCAACAUCGCCCGGCAGAUCCCUACACAGCCCUGGUACAAACACACAGCUGUACACAUGGCCAUCGGCGGAUUCCUGCCAUUCAGUGCCAUCUCAGUGGAGCUGUACUACAUCUUUGCUACAGUUUGGGGCAGAGAGCACUACACACUCUACGGCAUCCUGCUGUGCGUCUUUGCCAUCCUCCUCUCAGUGGGAGCCUGCAUCUCUGUUGCUCUCACCUACUUCCUGCUGUCUGGUGAAGACCACCGAUGGUGGUGGCGGAGCGUCCUGAGCACCGGCUCCACGGGCCUCUUCAUCUUCGUCUACUCUGUUUUCUACUACCGGAACCGGUCCUCUAUGAGUGGCCUGGUGCAGAGCACCGAGUUCUUUGGUUACUCUCUGCUCACAGCGAUGGUCUUCUCGCUGAUGCUGGGCAGCGUGUCGUUCUGGGCCUCACUGGCAUUUAUUCGCUACAUCUACCGUAGUCUCAAGAUGGACUAGAUAUCAGACGUAUGGCUAUAAACAAACAUUCCCUCAUAGCACACAUGGACAAUCGUAAUUCUCCUCUCUUGCUUUCAGUCAUACACCCCACACCCACCUCCAAUGUGGGAGGAGAAACAGUGGCCUCUCUCUUGAUUUGACAGGAGCUAAUGGUUAAACUCAACCCAUCGUUGUAAUAAGGGACAGUUGGUUGGAUGGUGAGCUGGGGAGGGCUAUCGUGUGUUUAAGGAUAAAAUAGGAUAUUUCAGUACAAAGGGAGUGAAUGGUUCAAAUGUAUGAUGCGAUACAGGAGUAAAUGGAUUUAAUCAAUGAUGUAGUGUGGCAUGACAUCAUCUGCUGUGGUUCCUACUCGAGGCGUGUACUACAAAUCAAGAUCAACAUGCCCUGGAUAUAUUUCAGUUACCCAGCGUCACGGCAUAAGCUGUGUCACGACAGUUAACUAGUUCAAUCAACCCAGGGUUUCCCAAUCCUGCGACGCACGGUCACAUAAAAAAGGCGGUGUUUCCAAAGCAUGACCAAUCACAAACAUCUACCAGGGAUGCAUAUUUUACAUUAGAGCAAACUAUAAUUCUACAUGAAUAUGAAGACAGACAUGGUUUUACAGGCAAAACGCAAUACAGUUGGAUAUAUAGAAAAUAGCGGGUGGUUACAUCGCACCGCAUCACUUUACAAUAUCACUUCCCCAUCAGUCAAGCACAGAUCUUACCAUAAUUACCCUUGUGCUUUCCAUAAACUGGCUUUAGUCUAGUAUUUCAGUUGCAACCUUGGCAGUGGGAAGCCAGGAGAAAUGGAGCACAUUGGCAACACACGACAAAGAUACGUAAUGAGCUGCUGAAAAUCUCUUUCAUAAAAAUACCCAUCAGGGAAUGUAAACAGGGUUGUUCUCUAAAUGUUUUGACUUAGUUGAGCAAGCUCCAGCAGAUCUUAAAUCUAACCCUUUGACUAGGUUAGGUGUUCAGCAUGUUACCAUAUGGUUUAAACCUGUAACAAGUAAUGCAGAAACCCCUGGGUUGAACCCAAAGGUACCUUGUGAACGCCAAAUCUUGCUUUGUAGUACGGGCCUGGGACAGCUGACGUGUAUUUAGUUUUAAUUAUGCUUAAAUUCAAGUGUUUCUACUUGAAUUAUACUCCCUCACCAAAUUGCAGCCACAUUUUCAAUAGAACCUAAACAAUGUUUUGCAUUGUCAAGCUGUACCGACCCUGCAGUGGAUUAGAGGAAUAAUACAAUGUAGAUUAAAGAGCUGUUUUGUUGAUGGGAGCAAUAUUAUUGUAUUAUAGUCAACAUUGACUGAUUUUGGUUCUGAUGUAAAUAGUCUUUUCAAUAAAUGCUUUUUAAUACAAUAUUGCCA